UAUAUAUUUUUUUUAAAAUAUUAAUUAUUGAAAUGUAGAUUAUUUUAUGAAAUAGUUGAUUUUUUAAAUUUGUCAUAACUCGCGCACAUGUACCCGCGGUUAGUAUUACGCUUGCGCAUUUGUAGUUUAUGCAAUAAUUAUAUUUUUGAUAGGUACCUGUACAUAUACCUGUUGUCAAUGUAUAUUAACUAAUAUAAUAAUGUAUGAGUGAGAGAUUGAGGAUCUAGAAUCUAAAGAAUUCAAGUAGACAUGUAACUGUACAGUGUAUAUACUCGAAUUUUAUUGUUGUUAUUAUUUUUUUUUUCUUUUAUAUGCGCGUAUGUAAAUAAGUAUGUGUGUGAUAUGAAUGUGGAUGGAUAUUUCAAUACAUACGUAUGAGAUAAUAAGGCAUUUCCGAUUAUUAAAAUGAACAAGUAAAAAGAAACUAAAAUACUCAUGUCAUGACAAUAGUUUCAAACGUUUAUAAGCUUAAGUUUUUUUAAAUAAUUUAUCCAUCAAUAUAUUGAGAUUAACAUUAAUAUUACUAGAUAAUUAUUAAUUAAAAGUCCUAAGUACUGAGUAACGCGAGAAUAAUGCUUAUGAAUAAAUUAAAAAUAAAAUGAGUCAAUAAUUAAUGUAAAUAGUUUGUUGUAAGAAUAAUAAUUAUUUGAGACUGAAUUCGCAUAAGGAAAAUAAGUAAAAUGAGUAGUAAUAUUACUAAUAAUCAAUGUAUGAUAAUGACGACACCAGUACAUCAUAAAGUUGAUAGCGAAGACAACGAGCUCUCUGGAAAUUCAUACAUCGAGAACAAUGAUAUGCUGAAUGAUGUUGAUCUUGUAAACGGGCCGAAUCCCUGGCUUCCAGCCUACGGAUAUCAGAUUCAGCAUCAGCAGACGUACAAUCGGCCUACACAUGAGGAACAGUCUAAUGAAAACUGUCUGAGUCAGCAGAUUGAUUUCCUGGAGACGAUAUUCGAGGAAACCUCAGAGGAUCUUCAGAGCGAUUCUGAUAGAAGUGAUGGUACUACUUGUUGGCUUGGUUCUGAUUCUGAAACUGAAAGUGUUAUACAUAUAACGAUAAAUAAAACUGCAGGACAAGCUUUUAUGAAAUCUUCUAAGGGAGAGCAGUUAGAUAGCAAUGAGAGUGAGUGUAAUUCAAUGGUGCCAGAUAAAUGUCGCUGUCAAAAUAACACAAGCGAGUGUUAUUGUUGGUGUAAAUCAUCAUCGACAGCUUUAAUGAAAGAUAAUAAUCGUUGGUCGACGUUACCUCGCUCGCUGUCAAGAUCAUCGACGUCAUCGUGCUCGUCGUCUCUAGUACAAUUUGAAAAUAAUGAACGAGCUUGUGCAGCUGUUUCGCCUUCAGGCUACAGUUACGACUCUCUUGAAUACUCAAACUGUUCGAAUUCUUACUUUGAUAACACGUCCCCAGACAGUUUAGAGGAUUCAGAGAAUGAAAAUUAUAAUCCGUCAAAAAGAUUCGAUUCGAACAACGACAAUGUACAAUUUUAUGCUAAGAUCCGUCCGUAUAAAAGUUUUGAAAGUUUGGAUACUAGUUGUGAUAAUAGUCAAUUUGUUGGUAUGACUACUUUUAAGCAGCCUAAACUCAAAAGAGACGUUUGGGAGCCACGAUACGAUGAAGAAAAAAAUUAUCUUCGAAGUACUUUGGAUAGUGAUAAUAAUUAUCGUCAUCAAGCGAGCAUGGAGUGGACAAGUACGAUAGACCUGCGUGAAAUAGGUUUGGAAUCUGAUGGCCGAGAGGCUGUGCUGUUGAAUCUUACUCGUUCACAAGUUGGCUCCUUCUCGGAUUCACCUUAUACUAAGCUAAAUAUAGAUUACAGCAGCAACAACCAACCGUCGAGAAUUAUGCCCGUUGAACAACGAGGGUGGAGCAACUCGAUGUCGUCCGAUUUUAAUUUUAGAUUCACCAACAAGUCCCGUAGUGUACCCAGUCUACCAACAGACUUGGACGGAUUGUCAACUGACUAUUUAACUCGUAAUUUAUACUGUAAUGAUAUUUAUGAUACGUCAGUAAGUAAUACUGGUUUAUCUUCAUUUAAAUACUCGGAAAAUUUUACACGGGUUAACAGUGUACCAGUGAAUCUCAAUUUAUUUGGAUCUUUUGAUACUGCUAAUGAGCAAGUCGUAUCAAUAACGUAUGAUUCUAUGAAUUCUGAGGAUAAUAAUCGUGAAAUGGCGGACUACCAACCCAAUGAAAUGGCACAUUACCAGUUCAAUACUAUUAUUUCCAAUAAUACCGAGGAUAAUGACAUAAUAGCCAAGGGAAAAGUUAAAGAAUUACCAUCGAUUGAAAAUGAAAUUGAACAAGUUAAUGAUAAUUGUGAUAUUUCAUCAUCGGUUAUUUUAAAAGAAAAUACCAAUGAUGAAAGUAAUAAUAUUGUGAAGAAAAAAACAGUUAAAAUUCAAGAUCGUGGAUUCGAUGUGCUGACUAUUGAAAAUAAUAUCGACGCAGUUGUCGACGAGGCAAUACGUCAGCUUGGAAGUAAAGUCGAGGAAAUAAUAACUUCUCCAGAUAAUAUGGAGCAAGUUAAGGAUAGUAUUCCGCGAACUCCCUCUACCAAAGAUCGUUCAAGACGAGUCAAAAAUAAUGCUAGUUAUGAAUUAGCGCAACAGUGGGAAAUAGAAGAUAAAAAUUUCAAAUAUUCACCAUCGUCUUCAGCUGCAGGCUACUCAUCACCCAAUACACGCAAACGGGUUCUCAAUAACGCAAGUUACGAGUUGGCUCAGCAGUCGGAUUAUAUAAAAGCCCUUCAUUUGACCUCUAGACCCUUUCAACGUAUGGAUGCUUGCGAUGAACUUAAUGAAGCUGGUUUUGGUGACCAAAAAUGCGGUGUUAGUUCAUCGGCUGGAGCCGGUGACAGGAACCAGUCGGAUGAUAAUAAUUUAUUGAGUCAGAUAAAAAAAAACUCUGUUUGUUUUUCAAUUUAUGGAGAAACUGGUAAUUGUAUUCCAAACGCUGUGGGACCCAUUUUAGACGAUGAAGUAGAUUUUUCAUAUUUAGAAACAAAAGUUAUUGCAAAUGAGCCAGUAAUUAGAGAGUUUGAGUCGUUAUUAUUGUCUACUGGUAAUGAUAAAAAAACAUACGAUAAUAAUAGUAAUUAUAGUGAUGAACAAAAAGAAGAAGAAGAAGAAGAAAAAAUGGAUAUUAAUAGUUGUGAUAAUUUAACUAAUAAUAGUAAUAAAAAAUUAAAUGAUAUUGAAGUUGAAAAUAAUAGUGAAGAUCCAGAGUUGAAUGAAUUUUGUAUUAGCAAUGAGAUGGCGCUGUUAGUUGACAAUAGUAACUUAAAAGUGAAUGGAGCAGAUAUAAACGAGGGGGUAUUUGCCGAGAAUCAUCGGCAGAACCCCCAACCGAUCGAGGAAGAAGAGAAAUUGCCUAUGGUAUUGGUUGAAGAAAGCAUCUUAAAGAAAAAUCCGUCGGAGGUGGGAGAAAGUACUCGACAGCAGCAUAAGCAACAAUGCACUGAACCCAAGCCUACUCAACAAAACAUAGUUAAUACUACAUCUGUAGUGUGUAAUCAUGCUUUAACUUCAGCGUCGAAUACACGAUCUGGUAAUUCAAUAGUUGGGCGCGACCUCGACGAGUGUGGGACGGAGAGUGAGGGAAAAAAGGAGGAAGUUAUUUAUGAAGGGAGCGAUAACCAGCCGUGGAGCAAACCGAUGUUAGUUAUGUUGACGAAGAGCUUGGAGAACGAGCGUCUAGAUUCAACUACCGCGUCAUUAACAACAACAACAACAACAGCAAGAUCAACUAUGGUGACAGUACCUCCUGCGAGUGACGCUACCAUGAGUGAAGACGAUAAAAAUAAAAAAAGCCGUAUUGGUGGUUUUUUGCAACGUUUUUCGAAAUUCCGUUUUAGUGGGCGUUCUAAGAGUCCACGACUGGAUGCCAGUAAUAAAAAAAGUAAAAUAAUAACAGAUACGCGAUCAUGUGGCACGCAAUCCGUAAAUGUAGGCAAAAGAGUUGCUGAACAUAAUUAUAUUAUUAUACCGUUACAUGCACCAGAGGAAGAGACGAAUAAUGAUCAAAGGAGAAAACAACAACAGCUAUGUGAAAUUUCAAAAAACAUAAGCGUCGCUGAUAACAACCCAGAGCUCAAUGCUUCGUCUGUUGGGUAAGCUUCUUUAUUGUUAUCUGUUUGUACUUAUUUUAUUUAAAUUAAUUACUUACUUACUAACUGACUAAUUUAUUGUUGUGGGUAUAUUAAACUCUAUUAAAUGU